AUGCCCCCCAAGACUGGAAAGAAGGUGGCCCCGGCCCCUUUCCCUCAGGGAAAGGCUGGAUCCAAGAAGGCUCCCAAGAACCCUCUCAUCGAGAAGCGUCCACGCAACUAUGGUAUCGGCCAGGACAUCCAGCCCAAGCGAAAUCUAUCGCGCAUGGUUAAGUGGCCCGAGUACGUUCGCCUUCAGCGCCAGAAGAAGAUUCUCCAGAUGCGCCUGAAAGUUCCCCCUUCCCUGGCUCAAUUCCAGCACGUCCUGGACCGCAACACGGCCGCCCAGGCUUUCAAGCUCCUCAACAAGUACCGCCCCGAGACCAAGGUUGAGAAGAAGGAGCGUCUGUUGAAGGAGGCCACCGCGGUCAAGGAGGGCAAGAAGAAGGAGGACGUCAGCAAGAAGCCCUACACUGUCAAGUAUGGGUUGAACCACGUUGUCGGCCUCAUUGAGAACAAGAAGGCUUCUUUGGUCCUCAUCCCCAACGACGUCGACCCUAUCGAGCUCGUCGUUUUCCUGCCCUCUCUCUGCAAGAAGAUGGGAGUGCCCUAUGCCAUUGUCAAGGGCAAGGCUCGUCUCGGUACCGUCGUCCACAAGAAGACUGCUGCCGUGUUGGCUCUGACCGAGGUACGAUCCGAGGACAAGUCUGAGCUGGCCAAGCUGGUGUCCGCCGUCAAGGAUGGCUUCAUGGAUAAGCACGACCAGGUCCGAAGACAGUGGGGUGGUGGCAUCAUGGGUCCCAAGGCUCAGAUGCGCAUCGUGAAGAAGCAGAAGGCAUUGGAGGCUGCCACCAAGAUUUAA